UUGAACAUACAAGUGCAUGAUUAUAAUUCCGAUUUGGAAUAUUGUGAAUUAUGUGAAUUUUGAAAGUGAUCAAGUGCUGUAAUUGUGCUAUCGACUUAUGCUACUGAGCAUCUUAAACGAGCCAAUGAAAAAAUAAGUCAUUGGAUAAAGUGUGAAAUUAUAGGAUUUGGGACAUGAAUAUACUUGCACGUCACUGUCUUCUAGUUAUACUUAUCGCGUCGCUGCUGGAGAUCGUUGAAAUCGGUGACGCUUACAAAGCGAUCAGGCCGUACAAGUACUAUCAACGCAGGCCAUUGCGGCGACCUCGGUGGUACGCAGGUCACAAAUCAUCGAAGUUCUACCAUUCUAAGAGGAUACCGCCGGGAGACCAUUAUUCCGGUAGACCGAGUUAUUACAGCGAUGCAGAAAAUUGAAAUUACAGAUAUGGUCCAGGGGCGACGAGAGACGAUUCUGAUGAUCGCGUUGAAAGUAAUCCAUAUACUAUAGUCAUACAAUUACCGAAAGCUGAAAAGAAAUACGAGCAUAAUUAUAUGAAAAGAAAGAGAAAGUACGGAAGUAUAUCCAUGCCUACGUACAACAGUGAAGAUUAUAUUGAUGACGAGGAUGAUUUUGAAUCAAGGACGGUUAACGUUAAUAAUAAAAAAGUGCAGAUAAAGAUGAGCAAGGGAGAAAGUCCAAAAUUGCACAUUCAAAUAUCGAGAUCGGACAGCGACAAAAGCAUACGAAUUAUGGAUAUAUCGAAUACUAGCGCACUGCCAGAAAUGUAUAAUGAGAAUUCAAGAAUGCACCAACCGACAAUCCAAAACUGGACUUCUGCAAGAUUUAAGAAUAAUUUCCAGAAUCAAUAUCAACCAUUUUAGACUUCUAGAAGCAGUAUCUAAUGAAUACUAAAAUAAUAUUUAAAUCGUUUUUGUAAAGAGUUAUUAAAAUAAAAUUGUGUUUUCUAAAGAUUGUCUUUUACAUUUAUUUACAAUGAACUUUAUUUAUUUCCUUUGAGAUCUGAAGGUAACAUUUGGUACCAUGUGCUUUAUAUCUUCUAGUAGAUAUGUAUUUAUGCACCACUCGUCCAUUGAUUUUUGUCAACGAAACAUAUUGAAAGGAUUCAACUUAUUUUACUGCAUUGUGUAUUCUGUUAUUGUUUCAGCUGACAAUAAAAUUAUCUGGGUUGCGAAAAACAACGAACGAAAUUUGUUUUGAGUUCAGCUCUUAUCUUCGAUUGUUCAUCAGUUAAUAGCUACCAAAUGAAUAAUACAUAUAAAGAGUAGAACGGGUUUGAUUAAACAGUACUAUCGAUUCUUUCGUCAUACUGCUUUUUCCAUUGAGCAUUGUUUUAAAAAAAGGGGAACAAAAACGCGAUCCUUGUUUGAUUAAACGCUGCUUUGUCUUGCAUCAGAAAAAAAAGGCUUUGACAAUGAACGAGGGAAAAAUAGAAAUAGCACAGUGCUAUGGCAAACGACCACAAAACGCAAUGAACACAUUUAAUUGAAAUGUAUUAUAAGAUACUUUAUCAAA